CUUGGUUUGCCCCAAUGUCCACUGACAUCGCAUGAAUUCCUCCAAAGCCCUCGCUGGAGGCUCUGUGACUGCUUCCCCCAGAACGGGUUUCCCGCUUCGGAGUAGCAGUGGCACAACUCUCCGUCUCCUCUAAGUGCGCCCAACAUUUCAGACAAAUGAACGAUGCUGACGAAGAAUCAAAGCUGAAAGGUAGUCUCAAGAAUAAAAAAGAUCAAUAUGAUAGCUCUAAAAGAGUUUCAGUACGUCGAGCAAGCACACCUACUUCAACGGAGCUUGCCAUGGUACCGUCCCACUCGCAAUGGCCCACCUACCAGAGAAUAGCACUACCGCUACCGUACCUUCCAAGCGAUUACGAACCAAGCGAAUCCAGCAUGAAGCAGCGAAUAUUUCACCCAGAUUAUCUUCAUCAGGACAGAAAUCGAAUUACAGGAUCAGGAAGGCUACAAAUUGACAGUUCAAGUUGGAACCUAAAGCAGCAUCAACAGCGGCCUCGUUCCAGCUCGACCGGAAGUGACCGUUCUACACUUCCUACAAAUAGACAACAGCAAUUAAGCACUAGUGGCUCACAGGAUGGCCAAAAGCAUCUUGAGCUUGUACCUUACCGCGACUGGACCGUCAUCUCACAAAACGAAUUACGAGGCAAUCUUGUCCUGUACAACCCUGACACCAGGACUGUCACAGUUCAGACACAUAGUCCGCCACUACAAAAUAUAUCAUCUAUGAAUCCAAUGGAAAUUGUACAACGAAUUGUGGAGUGCCCUUAUUGUCAUAGAGCUUUUGACUCUUCAAUUGAACCAACCAAUGAGAACCAACCUGAAUUCAUGGACCGAAAUUACUUCAGAUUACUUUCACCCGUACCUACACAAGUGUCAAACAAUGAAAGCACACCAGCGGCAGCGAGCGUACCGCCAGAUCCGAAUACCAGCCAGCCAAAGCCACAAGACACAAGCGAGCGGUAUGCUAAUAACCUCAAAGCAAAUGCAUUUAAUCAGGGCUAUUACCAGAAGUUUUUCCACGAAGAAAGGAAACUUGGAAGAGGUCUCCGAGGCAGUGUAUACCUUUGCGAGCAUGAGCUGGAUGGCGUGAAUUUAGGUCAUUACGCUGUUAAGAAAGUAGCGGUCGGGAAUAAUCACCCGUGGCUAGUCCGUAUGCUUCGAGAAGUCCAUUUGAUGGAGCAGCUUCGACACCCCAACAUUGUCAACUAUAAACAUUCGUGGUUGGAGUAUCACCAGUUUUCUGAUUUUGGACCUGAGGUGCCUUGUCUCUUUAUUUUGAUGGAAUGUGCUAAUGGAGGGAAUUUGGAAGAAUACAUCGAGCCCGAGCCUCAAGCACCUGUCGAAACUCCAGCCUCCGAUAUGCUUUCAUCCAAGGCUGCUGCCAAAAAGAGCAAGAGAGACCGAAUCAAGCAGAAAUUCUUGGAGCAAGAGAGAUACGAAGAGCUCCUCAAGCAACAGGAGCAAACCAAUCCUGGAAAACGAUUACUGUCACUUUACGAGAUAUGGUCCUUCUUUUUUGACAUGCUCGAUGGUCUCGCUCACCUUCAUCGGCACAACAUCGUUCACCGCGACUUCAAGCCACCCAAUCUACUGAUCAAGUAUGAUGAUCGAGAUGUUUCAAGGACUUGGAUUGAAAAUGUCAAUGGAGUUCCUACACAGCGUCGCAUACCACGCAUACUGAUAUCAGAUUUUGGAGAAUGUGAGGUUCUGGACGAACUACCCGACCGGGAUCGAACUGGUGCCACGGGAACUCUUGAAUUCAUGGCCCCAGAAUUGCUUCGACUGGAUGACCAUGGGAAGUACUUACAGGAGUUCUCACCAAAGGCUGAUAUGUGGUCACUUGGCAUGGUGUUAUUCUACCUGUGCUAUUCUAGGUUACCAUAUCACUAUGUAAACGAUAUUGACAGGUUGAAGGACGAGAUUUUAUCUUUUGACAAGAUUUCUUUCCCUUCUUCUCGAAACAAUUUGGAUGUGACCACUCCAUCGCCACAAGAUCAUAUUCCUCCAGAGUUGAAGCAUAUCAUUCGCGCGCUUUUAUCGCUGAACCCAGAGGCGAGACCAUCCUGUGACGAGAUAUUGGAAAAAAUUGGCCAUCUAAAACCGAAGGCACCUAACAUGAAAAAUUCGGUACCAGAAGUGAGAGCUGACCAUCAGACAUACAUAUCCAGGAUGCGACUCGGGAAUUCGUUGGGAAUCCAGGGUAACCAAUCAUCUGGACAUACAUAUAAAAAGCCAAGUGGAUCAAAUAGUUCACAGCCUCCGGGCAAACCGUCCAAUGCAUUAUCAGAGGAAACAAAUGAUCAGGGAGUGAAGAUUGAACGGAUACCAUCUGAUAUGGGAUACGCUGGGAAAAUACUUUCUGGAGAUAGCUUUGAUGAAGGGGACGAGGAUAUCAGCAUGGAUGAAUCUUCAGACGUUGAUCCAAACAACGCUGAAGGGACCAGGAAACGACGGAAAGGUUCGGACAGGAACUGGAAUGUCGGAGACGGCGUGUCUGGCAGUACAUCCGCGAGUGAUCACAUAACGGACGGCAAACACGAUGGUUUUGUUAACGAAAAUGAGCAGCUUAAGCAGUUGCUGCUGGAAUCGCCCGAUCUUCCAGGUGAUGCUCACCAACAAUCCCAGCUUGCUAUGCGUGUGCUUGCUUUGGUUCCUGAAAGCCAUCGCGAAUUGGCGGAAUUUUGGAUGAGAGCCGCCACUGAGGUCGAUUGGAGGAAGCUUCUCAAAGCUGUUUCUGCCCUUCUCAAGGUGGCGACAUCUACAUACCCUUGUUACCCAUAUAUGAUGUCGCCAACUUCCAUGUACCCGAUGGUCGCCAUGGCUCUUUUGGAUAUGUACACGAAACACGCAUCCCAAAGCCUGGCUCUGUUGAUGCUACACUUAGCAUGGGUCAUUGUGAUGACCAUGAUGGGUUCACGAACUUGUUCAAUGCGUUAAGCCUGUAAAUACAACACCAUCUCCAUACUUUCGUUCAACCCAUGCUUUUAUUGUUCAAACGUCCUUUAGGGACUUCCCUCUCUUUCAAUAUUGGUUAGGUAACGCAAGCUCUGUCCAAAUAUAAAUCUUAAGUAACAUUGAGGCUUCUUUUUACCUGCCCGC